UCAUCUCUUUCUUUUCCGCCCUUUUCUCUUUCUAUCCUAUCAUCUCACUAUUACUCUUUCUGUGUAUGCGUUUCACUUACCAUUUACUCCUAUUUCACCUCCGUUAAUCCAAAUUGAGUUGUGUUUUUUAUUUUGUGACAAACAAAAUUUAGGCCGAUUAGUGUCUAAAAAUACCAACUCUUACCAACGAAAAAAACUGGGCCUUAACCAUCACCUAGCAACAUCAUCAUCACCUUGCUUUUUGUUUCUCAUCUUCUCAGCAGCAUCAGCUUCUUCAAGUCUUGUUAUUAACCAUUUGUCAGUCUGUUUGCUUUUGUUGUCUAUUGGUGAUUUUUAAAGUUUAAAUUUACAGUUUGCUUUCUCGUUCUCUCUCUUUUUCUUAUAUUAACUGGUUAAUUCAAUUGUGAUUCUUAAUUAUUUUUAAAGCUCAACUAUAAAUCUGUCUUUGGAAUCAUCAUGAUUCAUAAUCAAAGUAUAUUUGCCAGUCUUCCACGAACAUCUAGAGGGUUGCCACUAGUUUUAGGAGGUGAUCCAAAGGGUAAACAUUUCCUUUACCCAAAUGGUAAUUUCAUCAUUAUCCGUGAUAUUGAACAUCCAGAGAUAGCUGAAAUUUACACUGAGCAUUCAGCUCAAACAACAGUAGCUAAGUAUUCUCCAUCCGGUUUUUACAUUGCAUCCGCUGAUCAAAGUGGUAAAGUACGAAUAUGGGAUACAACUCAAAAGGAGCAUAUUCUGAAGGCUGAAUACCAACCAUUUGCUGGAAUAGUCAAGGAUUUAGCUUGGUCUCCUGAUAGUCAGAGGAUUGUAGCUGUUGGAGAGGGUCGUGAAAAAUUUGGUCAUGUUUUCAUGAUGGAGACUGGAACUUCAGUGGGUGAAAUAUCAGGUCAUUCAAAAGUUAUCAACAGCUGUGAUUUUAAACCAUCUCGUCCUUUCCGAAUCGUAACUGGAGGUGAAGAUAAUUUAAUUGGAAUUUUUGAAGGACCUCCAUUCAAAUUUAAGCAGCAAUUGGAAAAUCAUACAAAAUAUGUCCAAUCAGUUCGAUAUUCACCUGAUGGUGAAACGUUUGCCUCUGGUGGAUUCGAUGGACGAAUCUAUCUCUUCAAGAGCAAAGACUAUACAUUAAUCGGUGAAUUGGGAUCACCAGCUCAUUCAGGGGGCUGCUAUGGUGUCGCUUGGUCUCCUGAUGGAUCUAAAUUACUCUCAGUUUCUGGUGAUCGCACGGCCAAAAUGUGGGAUAUAGGAAAUAUGACUUGUAUACAUACUUAUAAUAUGGGUGAUGAUUUACUUGAUCAACAAGUUAGUUGUCUCUGGCAAGGCAAAAACAUUUUAACUGUUUCACUGUCUGGUUUUAUAAAUUACUUGGAUGAGUCUGAUCCUUCUAAACCAAUAAGAGUUAUCAAGGGUCACAAUAAAUCAAUUACAAGUCUCGCUGUUAAUUAUAAAUCAGAACCACCAAGCAUCUAUACAGGAAGUCACGAUGGAUUCAUAAAUCAUUGGAACUCUGUUAACGGUGAAAAUGAUCGGGUUAAGGGUAAAGGUCAUGCUAAUCAAAUACAAGAUAUGAAAUAUCGUGAAUCAACUGGUGAAAUUAUUACAAUCGGUCUUGAUGACACUGUUCGAGCCAUCGACGUUAAUGAUCAAAGUUUCAAAGAAGAUGUGCACAUCAAACUGCCUUGUCAGCCAAAAUCAAUAUCAUUUUUAGCCAAAAACCAGGAUAAAGCUGUGAUUGCUGCUUAUUCAAGCAUUACAGUAGUUAACUUGAAACAAAACAAGGUUGAACAAAAUUUCCCUGUUUCAUUCGAACCUACCUCAGUUUCAGUCCAUCCUAGUGAAAACCAUCUAGCUGUUGGUGGCCAGAAAGACCAUAAAGUCCAUGUUUACACUUAUACAGAAGGAUGUGAUUCAAUCACACCUAAAAUUGAAUUAGAUCACCGUGAUUGUAUCGCCGAUGUAGUUUACUCGCCUGAUGGACAAUAUCUGGCUGUUGCUGAUGCUAAUAGAAAAGUUGUACUUUACAAGACUCCAAACUACGAACUUGCUCACAAUGUUGAAUGGGGUUUCCAUACAGCAAGAGUUAAUUGUUUGGCCUGGUCACCUGAUUCUAUCCAUUUAGCUUCUGGAUCACUUGACACUGGUUUGAUUGUUUGGGAUGUUUCCAAGCCUCACAAUCACAUCGCUCUCAAAAAGGCUCAUCCACAAAGUCAAAUCACCCGGAUAAUAUGGUUAGACGCAAACAGAAUUAUUACCACUGGUCAAGACUCAAAUGUUAAAAUAUGGACAGUUGAAUUCAAAUAAAUGUCCCUAAACCUCUCUUUUUCCAGUCACCUAUUCAAUUUUGUUUUUCGCCUUUCUUUGCCCACUUCAUUCUCCUACCCCACAAAAUCUUUGUUUUGAUUGACAAAAACAAUAUAUUCUCCUCCUUGAACCAUUGUAAUACAAAAAUUAGGUUCAAUCAAAUAUAAUUUUAAUUUUUAAAUAAACAAAGUCUCAAUAUUA